CGACGACAAACGACUGUGAUCCUGAAUUCUGAACGAGUGCAAGAUAAUGUUGUAUUAACAACUAGUGCUCUUCGCGAAAAAUAACAACGAAGUCUGUGACAAACUUGGCCUCCCUCUUCAUUAUCUCCCCCGCCCCUGGAGCUGAUGAUUGAAAGGCGACAUUGUAGCUUUAAAAUUGUUCUAGCAAUCGCCGAUGGCUCUGUCCAUUGUUUGGGUGAGCUGGAUUGAUAACACGGGGGCCGAGUUGGCGCAUAUCAUCACAAGAGCAGCUGCAGAGUAGGACACAAGUCAUCACGUCCUCAACGCAUCCACGCAGACAUGGGUUGCUAUGAGUGCUGUAUGCGUUGCCUGGGCGGGAUACCAUACUGCUCUCUGAUUGCCACGCUGCUAUGCUUCUCUGGCAUCGCCCUCUUCUGUGGAUGUGGACACCAGGCGCUAACAGAGACCGAAAGACUCAUUGAGACUUACUUUGCCCGGAGCAUGGAAGAUUACGAUACUCUUGCUUACGUCAUUGAGUAUUUCCAGUACGUCAUCUACGGUUUGGCCUCUUUUUUCUUCCUCUACUGCAUCAUGCUGCUGGCUGAAGGCUUUUACACCACCAGUGUUGCAAAGCAAACCUUUGGGGAGUUCCGGAGCACCAUGUGUGGCCGCUGCCUCAGCUCCACGUUUAUAGUGAUGACGUACGUGCUGUCUCUGCUGUGGCUGCUGGUGUUCGCCUUGUCCACUCUGCCCGUUUAUUUCUUCUACAACAUGGGUGCCACCUGCCGUACCAUCGAUGUCCUGACAGAGACUCCGGCCAGCAUCAACCAGCUGUGUGUGGAUGCACGGCAGUAUGGACUGCUGCCGUGGAACGCUGUACCGGGAAAAGCUUGUGGAAUAACUCUGUCCGGCGUUUGCAAGACCAGAGAGUACCGGAUGACCUACGACCUCUACAUUGCCGCCUUCGUCGGCGCGGGCAUCACUCUUAUGGCUCUGCUGACCUAUACUGCAUCAACCACCUAUAACUUUGCAGUGCUGCGCUAUCUGGGGAGGAAGGGCAUAGGUGCACGCUGUUAGGCUCGCCAACUUCCUGUCUGCACGGUCGCCGAAGCACGGGGAUUAAAGGACUGCAAGAAUUUUCUUCCUUUUUAUCACUUGUGUUUGGAUACACAACUUUUGGGUGUUUUCAGGGCCACAGACUUUCAAAACUUUCUUUUCUCUACCUUAUCUUUUUGUUUACUUUUCUAUGAGGGUUGGGGAUGGCAGUUUUAUUCCAUGGCUACAUCCCUAAACAAUUACGAGUGCAUGGGCUUUUUACUUGCUGGAGGUUAGUGUCUAGACUAAACAUUUCACUUCCCACAGUGACAAAAAAAGAAAAUAAAUUAACAUUGACGUAACAGCCACUUUGCAACACGUGCAGCGGACAAUAGGUUUUGUGGGUAACUGGCUAUUACUCCUCACAUCUGGUUGCCAUGGUGGCAGACAAGCACGCAUUUGCAGUCUCGCAGCUGACCUCGGGACUUUUCUCACGAGCUGGUUAGAAACCUCAAUAAUAGUCAGAUCCAUUUUUUUUUAGUGGCCAAUGAGAAGCCAGUCUGGGGGCCAGCUGCAAGACACGUCUCCACCAGGGGUUAGGUGUCAAGGGGAAAGGAUUUUGGUAGACAAAGAGAGGGCGAGACUUAGCUAAAGCGUCAAUGGGGACAGCUAACAUGACCUCCACCUCCUCUUGAAUAAUGAAAAAUGAUGGAUUGUGAGUGAGUUGGCGAAAGGAAUUUGAGAUGGUUUUGUUGUUUUCGUUCUCAGAACAAAGGACAUUCUUGUUCAGUUUGAUCGAGUACGGUCUGAAAUAGUUUCUCACACUUGUGAGAUGGUGAAAGUGCUUAUAGAGUAACCUCACUGGAUUAAAAAUAUGGAAAAGACUCGGCCUUCGAGCCACAGUGCAAAACAUAAAUCUACCUACCACUCAUUAGAUGCAACUAAUAAUAUAAUGAGAAAUAUUACAAGAGCUUUAUUUCAGAAAUAUAAUCCAUAAAUUGUUGUUGGGUUUUUUUUUUUUUUUUUUGAUAAUCUGCUAUUUCGUGGUGUAGAACUCCACGGUGUUAUACCAUACAGCUGGGAUCUCAAAUUGUGAGCCACAUCAUGUAUUCCACACACAAAAAAAAGAUAAUUCAAUUUUAUCAAUCUUUAUGAAUAAUGGUUCUUCAGAAAAUUAAGACUGUUGACACAGGUCCUUCUCAUCUCCCUGCUAUUUUACAUAGAGUUGAUAUAAGCAAUAUAAAAUAAUAUCUGAUAUCGACAUCGAUUUUACAUUAUUGGUUUUUGGCCAAUACGCAUGUUGCCUUCAAAUUGAAUGUAGAAGCCUUCUGCCUUUGUACAAGGGCUGGUCACAGUUUAGCACAUAAAUUAUGCUUAUUGACCAUUAGAUGUCUCUGGACUAAAAUGCUUGGGAUUGUUCCAUUUGACCUGGACAUCACAAUACAUUUACCGUAAUUUUCCGGACUGUAAAGUGCAUCUGACUAUAAACCACCGCCCACUAGAUUUGACACUCAAGCAGCAUUUGUUCAUAGAUAAACUGCAUCGGAAUGUAAGCCGCAGCUGUCCUCAACGUAUUAUGGGAUAUUUACACAAAAAGAUAUUAACCGAUAACACUUUGACAGCGGCGUCAUAAGACUGUCAUAGGACAGGAUCAUUAUGACAUGACACUGCCAUGCGCAUCAAUGAAUGCUUAUGACUGAUGUCAUUUUGUGCCAUCAGGCAAGUUAUCUCACGACUGAACGGAUGUAUAAGAUCAGAGCUGGACAUAAAUUGAGUUAUUGAGAAAAUUUGCCGAAAGAAAUCGCUCAUAAGCGUUCAUUAAUGCCCAUGGCAGUGUCAUGUCAUAAUUAUGGCGGUCUUAUAACAGUCUUAUGAUGCCGCUGUUGAAUAAAGUGUUACCUAUUAACCCAAAUAAAUCAACAAUUAAGCCUCAUUGGACUAUAAACUGCAGGAUUCAAAACGAGAAGAAAAAAAGUAGCGGCUUAUAGUCCAAAAGUUACGGUGGCAAUAAUAUGUUAAGUUCACCACUUAUAUCGGUAUCUGUUUGAUAUUGGUAUCGGAUUUUUGGAGUUGGACAAUAUUGGGUUAUCAGUAAAAAAGUCAUUAUCAGACAUUGUUAUUUUACAUAUUCUACAUUCUUAAGCAUUACAACUUUCUCUGCAUAUAUAAAAGUACACAUCAGACAGGCUGUACCUGUACCCAACCAAAAACUAUCGUCUUCACUUUUCCUAAAAUUGGCUUUGUUGGAAAGAUAUGGCUGAGCGACACUGUAUAUUUUCUAUGCACCUGGCGUCACUGUGUAAUUCCGAUCAAAUUACUGUCUCUCAGGCUAGGUUCAUACAUCAGGUCUUAAUGCACAAUUCCGAAUUUUUGUCAUGUUUUUGGGGGGGGCGCGUCUGUUCAGACUGCCUUUGUCCAUUGAGUACGUUCAAGUAUCAGGCGUGCGCACUAAUUGACAACAAACUGACCCGCAGGGGCAUCAAAACAAUGUUGGCUCAACGUCAUUCUAGGGUGAUCAUAUUUUGAUUUCCAACAAGAGGACACAAAUAAGACAUAAAUAAUCCCAGUUUAGUCUUAUAGUCAACGUUUAUAUUGAUUGACAGUGCGUGCAUGACACAUACAUAUACGGACAGUUUGCCCCGACUCUCGGCCGUGUAAGAAAUGCUCAUUCGGAGCACAGAAAGAAAAACGAGCAUUCUCAGGAUUCCCAGUUUUAUUUUUUUAUGACUGUUGUCAAGCUUGCCUCUUCCCUAAAAGCUGCGUUCAAGCUGAGCACAUAUGCACAGCUCCAUCGCUAAUGUAGCACCCUUCCUCUCCCGCUCUUUGCUGACGAAAUUUCUGCAUAUAUUCUGAUUUGGGGGACUUGACAGUUCAGACCACAGCCACAUUUUGGAUAAAUGUGGCCCAGAUCGAAUUUUAACCAAAUACGAAAGUGACCCAGAUCGGAUUAGAAAUGGUCCACUUUUAUGCAACCUGUCUCGUUCGGACCGUCAAGUUAAUGCCUGACUCGAGUCGGAAAAACACGAAAAAUCGGACAUACGCAUUAAGACCUGCGGUAUGAACCUAGCCUAAUUCACAUUGGCUAAAUUAUUGACAAACUUGUCCGAAAACUGUCAUUAACCUGAGCUUCUUGUUUUGUACUUGUAAUUUAAAAAAAAAAAAAAAAAAAAAACUUAAGACGUCACUGCAAUUUGCUCCCCUACUGCAACUUUGCCACAAGUUUGAGACCCCUGCUGUACAGUCUAACCUCAUUUGAAGACAGCAUUUCUCUACAAUUGUAAACAACUCUCAAGACAUUAAUGUCUCAUUGGCAGCGAUCGACUGUGAUCGACUUCAAAUUUACUUCGACAGUCCAAAUGGACUUAUCACUGUCAAUUGGUGUUAUUAAUGAAACAUUAACAUUAAUUUUAUUCUAUUAACUACCAUGUCACAGACUAUAGAUAAUUGUGAGCUGGUAAUGAAUGAGUUAAAAAUAAACAUAACAUUCUCUUGGUCUGUUUAUGAGCUAAUUACGCAACUACGGACAUUGCAGACAAACAUUUAAAAACUAGUUUAUUUUCUCUGAUGUCGACUCCUUUUAUUACAUGACUGAGGUACUUUGAAUUUGCCUGUUUCUCAUUCUCAAGGAAUUUUGUUGUAGUUAUUGUAUAACAUCUUUUAACUUACUGGGGCGGUAUUAACUUUUAACCUUUUUUAAAACUAGCAAUGUAGUUUUAUCCUUUUUGUGAAAGCUUUAUCUUGCUGUUAGUGGAGCAUUUGUAAAAUGUUUGAUAAAAUGUUUUUCUGUUGUGCUAUUUGAUAAUAAAAGGAACAUUCUAGUUUUGUGCAGAGCACCUGAAAGAUUUAUUAACCCCGCAGAAACACUCCCAUCUUUGGCUGUGUGACACUGUGUGACGGAGAUGCUGUUUCUU